AUGGAUUCGGCGGUUGACCGUACGGCAAAUAAUGUUUUUGAUGAUACUGCGCAUAAUGAACUUUUGCUUCUUAUCCAACAUUAUUUAUCUCAAGGGCCUUGCAAACGAGCUGCUAAAGUCCUCAGGGAUGAAAUCCAACGUAUUCAGUUACUGCCAGCACGUUUUGAUUUUACUGGUGCCAGUCAUUCUCGUGAUAUCAAUGAAUAUGAACGAUUAUUGCCAAAUUUUCGUUCAUCAAUUGUUUCAUAUUUCGAGCGUUUGUUUGCAUUGGUCAAUGAAUCAGUUCCUCCAAUAGUUCGCCAUCUACCUCUUCGUCUUUUCUCAAGCGCUGCUCUUUCGCUAAAUCGAACAGAUGGUGCUCUUUUACCCGAAUUUUAGUUAUUGAAACGAAAGCCAUUAAUGUACGAUGCAGUUGCAAUCAACUCAGCUGUGUCAGUUGAUUCUGUGAAACUGCUUGCAGCUCGUGAAUUAUUAGGGCGUCGUAAUUCGAUGGAAUCUUUGGAAUUGCAUUGUCGUAUUUGUGGUCAUCUUUCAUCAAUUUUCUGUGUUACAUUUGACCGCACUGGUCUUUUUGUUAUAACAGGCGCAGAUGAUCAUUUGGUCAAAGUUUGGUCAGUAAUGACUGGUUUGCUACGAUUUACUCUACGUGGUCAUUCUUCGGAGAUUUCAGAUAUGUCAGUUUCCCAUGACAAUACUUUAUUAGCGACGGGCUCUGUUGAUAAAUCAGUAAGAAUUUGGAAUCUACAGACAGCAGCUACAAUAACAGUUUUCUAUGCCCACAGUGCUACAGUAACUCUCGUUUUUUUUUCUCCAUUUAUUUCUGGUAAUCGAAGAUAUUUGGUAUCAACUGGAGGUGACUGCGUUGUUAAUUUCUUUGCCUAUAAUGCAGAAAAUCAUUUAUUUGACGUUUCACCAGUUUCCUUUAAUGAAAGAAUGUCGCAAGGUGCACGUAUUAUAAGUUCGUCCCAUAGUGUUGGUGGGAAUUUCGUGGUUAUGGGUGACACACAUCGUUUUGUUCGAAUCUAUAAAAUGGCUAGCGAUGGAAUUGAAAAAUGUUUUGAAAUAGAGGCUCAUAAGGAUAGAGUUGAUUCAUUGGUCUGGGCUCAUUCAGGAUUGCAGUUUGCAAGUGGUAGUCGUGAUGGGACUGCAAGAGUUUGGAAAUUCUCUUGCAAUGAAUGGGAAUCCUUAGUUUUGAGUAUUGAUGAUACGAAGAAAAAUGCAAAUGGGCGAGGCUCUUAUCGAGUAAUAAUGUUAUGUUGGUCGUUGGAGGAUGAUAUGAUUAUAACAUCAGGCACUGACCAUAUUUUGCAUUUAUGGUGCCCUAAAACUGGAGCAUCAAAAGGGCUAUUAAUUGGUCAUAAAGAUGAUGCAUAUGUUCUUUUUUCGCAUCCAGUUUACCGCGAAUACAUUAUAAGUGCUGGACAUGAUGGCUUUCUAAUAGUAUGGAAUAUCUACAAAGAAAAUAUCGUUAGAAAACAUCAAAAUAUGAUUGAAGGUAUCGGUUACGGAGCCUUUUUUGAUUGUGCAAUUUCCCCUGAUGGUACAAUUAUUGCCGCCGUGGAUGCUCAAGGUCAUCUAUCAGUGUAUGGUGUUGGUACGAACCAACUCGCAAAAACUACCCCUAAAGAACAAUUUUACCAUACUGAUUAUAUGACUUUGAUUAUGGAUGAAGAUGGCUUCUGUCUAGAUGAAGAAUUGGGUUUACCUCCACAUUUGAUGCCUCCACCAAUUUUUGUGAAUGCAGAUGGCAAUCCAUAUCCCGCUUUAUACCAGCGUUUAGUGCCUGGACGUGACAUACUCAUUGAUUCGUCAUUGAAUGAAGUUUUGGAAUCAGCCUGGAUGUCAAGAAUGAUGGUUCAGUCUUUACCUGUAUCAACAAUUACCAUUGAAAUUGAACGUUUGAAACAACUACAAGAGUGGGAAUGUCGGAAUAUUGAAAAGGAAUGUGCAAGAAAGAAACCAUCAGUAGGAUUGCGCAUGGAAAGAUCUCCACAGUAUUUAAAUCGAGAUGCACCAGUUAGGAGACGGAAUAGUGCUUCACGUCGCAUUUCAGUCGCACAACAAGCUUCUCUGCAACAAACGAAUGUAACAGAAACUUAUGAAACGAAUGCAGAAAUAGCAGCUGAAGAGGUUGAAAUUGAUGAAAUUAUUUCCUCGUCAUCGUCAGAAGAUUAUACGUAUAGUUCAGUUUCUCCUCGCGAUGAACAUUCUGCAUCAUCAACAACUUCUUCUGAAGCUGACUUAAGUGAAGAUGAUGAUAGCUUUGCCGAUGAUAGUGACUACCAUGAACCGUCAUCUCGUAGCCUAAAUCGUCCCAAAAGAAAAGGACAUAAAACAAAUAUACCAGAAUUUACUGAAACAAGACGAAGAUCAUCCAGGAAACGUCGAAAUGUUGUUGUUAUUGAAGAUGAUAAUGACGAAAUCCAACUUGACAUUCUAAAUUCCGAUCAGCCGCAAUCCUCAAACCAAGAUUUUAAUAGGAUAGCAAUUCCAAUGAACGAUGCCUGUAUUGGUAAAGUUCGACGAAAAGUACAAGGAGAAAUGGUUCAAUUUCCGGAGUGGAUGCGCAUUGUUAAACCAUGUCGUUUUCCCUAUAUAGCUCAAAUUGGCGAUAAAGUCGUAUACUUUAGACAAGGUAAUACUGCCGUUGAAAUGCUUCAACUUUAUCCCGUUACACAGCGUAUGCGCCCUUUAGCGGAGCUUAACGCGGAAGAAUUCUGUGACGUUGUCGAGGUAAAAUAUUCGAGAAAACCAUAUCGCUUGACUGCUUUAAAAUUGCAUCGACUGGAAGAAAAUGGCACCCAAACGGGAUUUGUCUUUUCCGUGAAGUUUCACGAUAUGGAUAAUGUUCCAGAUUUUAUAAUUCUCCGCAGUUUAUACGAUAGAUCUGUGUCCCAUCGAUAUCAUCCAGGUAGUCGAAUAGAAACUAUCUUGGAUAACCAUUGGUGGACAGGAACUAUCGAUAAAAAAGAAGCUGAAGAUGAAGAAAAUUACCCAAGGUCAAAUUGGUACUGCAUUAUAGUUAAGUGGGAUACUGGUGAGGACGAAAGAAUGAGUCCGUGGGAUGUAGAUCCACAGCAACCAGGUCGUCGCUCAGGUAUUGCAACAGAAAAAGAUUUGAUUGCUUUUGCCCAGCAACCCGUUUCCGAUAUAGAAUGGCCCGAUAAUCCGAGAGGAUUUGAUGGCUAUUUAGAACGUUUUCUAGAGGCAGUAAGGGAAUUAGAAAGGAAACCUGAAUUACGUCCUUUUAUUUCACCUGUUAAUCUAAGCAAAUAUCCGGAAUAUAUCAGAAAUGUCGAUUAUCCAGUUGAUGUUGAUACAAUUAUGAUGCGAAUGGUUAAUAGAUUUUACAGACGUUUGUUAAGUCUGGAACAGGAUAUUCGCUACAUCGCGAUUAAUGCCAAUAUUUUCAACGAACCUGGAAGCGAAAUCGUACAUAAUGCUCGAGUGCUUGUGGAAUGCCUUAUCAGAUAUCUUAAGUUCCAGUUCAUUGGAUUGAUUAACAAAUUUUAUAGAAAUACUGAAUAUUCUGAUGUUCAAGAACUUUUCGAUGAACUAAAAAAUGGACCGAUUACCGAACUUAAGGAAUUCAAUCAUCAUAUAAAUAAAGAGCUUUCUGUACAAUCUAAAGGUGGAAGAAUUAAUAGACAGCGUAAAAAUUCGUUAGGCAGUGCGUCAUCUAACAGUAGUUUACAGUGGUUUAAUGAUUGUGAAAGAAUUAUGAGGAAUCUUGUUUCUUUGGAUAGAGCAUCUCAUUUUGUGUGGGAUGAAAAUGAUCAGAAUAAAGAAACAUUACGAUCUUUAUGUGAUGAUGGUUGCAUUGAUUUAAAGAAAAUGUUGGAGAAAAUAAUAUCAAUGAUUUAUACAAGUCCUCUUGAAUUAGUUGCCGACUUCAAGCAUUUAAUGGAAACGUACCGAAAUGUUCUCGAUGAUAAACGUAGUACAGUCAGUCAUUUGGUUUUUUCCUAG